GCCCGUGAGGCGGCUCCCGGGCGGGAAAGGGAAGGCGGGAGCCGGGCAGCGCUCUCGGAGGGGAGGGGCGGGCCCCGGCCUGCAUCCGAGUUGUGCAGCCUGGCGCCGCGGUGGUUCGGCACCCCGGUCCGCGCUCUUGGGUACCUACUGCCGGGGAGAGCCCUGCAGAAAUUAGGGCGAACUGUGGGGGACAACGAGUCGGGGCUGGCAGACAAGCUUCCCGCGGUGAGGCGGCGCCAUCUUGCAAUACGGAAGGAAAGCUGCGGCGGGCGCCAUUUUGCACCCGAGCGAGAGAUGAGAAGAGACUCGCAGUUUUUCGCCGUCUGGACGCCGCCAUUUUAGGUUACGGCAGAAUCUCCGCCUUCCCUAGUGCAGUCUCAUUGGGCGCCGCCAUUUUGGCUUACGAACAAAACGGCGACCCACAGGGGUCCUUACCCCCUCCCUUCCUCCCUUUAGGUGUCUUCAUAAAAUGCCCGUGGAGAAUCCCCUCUUUUUUCGCCCCGCUCCCAAGAUGGCGUCGAUGCGGGAAAGCGACACUGGCCUGUGGCUGCACAACAAACUGGGCUCCACAGACGAGCUGUGGGCGCCGCCGAGCAUUGCCUCGCUGCUCACGGCUUCGGUGAUCGACAACAUCCGCCUUUGUUUCCACGGCCUCUCCUCGGCCGUCAAGCUCAAGCUGCUCCUGGGGAUGCUGCACCUGCCCCGCCGGGCGGUGGAUGAGAUGAAAGGGGCACUGACUGAAAUUGUCCAGCUCGCUACCUUGGAUUCAGACCCCUGGGUCUUAAUGGUAGCUGAUAUUUUAAAAUCCUUUCCAGAUACUGGCUCCCUUAACCUUGAUCUUGAAGAACAGAAUCCCAAUGUUCAAGAUAUUUUAGGAGAGCUUAGAGAAAAAGUAAGUGAAUGUGAAACUUCAGCUAUGUUGCCCUUGGAAUGCCAAUACUUAAACAAAAAUGCCUUGACAACACUAGCUGGGCCACUUACUCCCCCAGUGAAACACUUCCAGCUGAAAAGGAAACCUAAAAGUGCCACUCUCAGAGCUGAACUCUUGCAGAAGUCAACAGAAACUGCACAACAGCUCAAGAAGACCGCAGGAGUGCCUUUCCAUGCCAAAGGCAGGGGGCUGGUCAAAAAGAUAGAUACGACAACACCACUCAAAGGAAUACCAAAACAAGCGCCAUUUAGGAGUACUUCAGCACCCAGUGUAUUUAGUCCUUCUGGAAACAGAACUCCUAUCCCUCCCUCGAGAACACCUUUGCGCAAAGAAAGAGGAGUAAAGCUUCUAGAUAUUUCUGAGCUGGAUAUGGUAGGUGCUGGCCGUGAAGCAAAGAGAAGAAGAAAGACAGUAGAUACAGAAGUUGUGGAAAAGCAAGCCAAAGAAGAAACUGUAGUAGAAAAUGCUACCCCAGAUUAUGCUGCUGGCCUUGUGUCUACACAGAAACUUGGCUCAUUGAACAAUGAGCCUGCACUACCUUCUACAAGUUAUUUACCUGCUACCCCCAGUGUGGUGCCAUCUUCCUCAUAUAUCCCAAGCUCUGAAACACAGCCAGCUGGCUCUGCACGAGAGGCCUUGCAGACUAACAGGCAGACUGAAGAGCCUGCAGCUCCAAAUGCCACCACUACUCUUCCUGCACAAUUCAAGCAAAGAACACCCAUGUACAAUAGUAACUCUAAUCCACCUACAGCUACACCUACCUCACCCCUGACACCCACCACACCUCCUGCCAUUUCCCCUGCGGCACAAGCACCACAAGUGGCCCCCCAAACUCAGCAACAGCCACCACCGAAAAAAAGCCUCUCUCUCACAAGGGAGCAGAUGUAUGCUGCACAGGAAAUGUUCAAGACUGCAAACAAAGUUACAAGGCCGGAAAAGGCUCUUAUACUUGGAUUCAUGGCAGGAUCCAGAGAAAAUCCUUGCCAAGAGCAAGGUGACAUCAUCCAAAUUAAACUUAGUGAGCAUACAGAAGAUUUACCAAAGGCAGAUGGCACUGGCAGCACCACUAUGUUGGUUGAUACAGUCUUUGAAAUGAACUAUGCUACUGGUGAAUGGACCAGAUUCAAGAAGUACAAACCUAUAACUAACGUUUCCUAAGAGAUGCAGCAACAGCAGACUGGACCAAAUCAAGCUUAGAGUCAACCAGCUCAUAGAGUAUGUCAACUGUACAAAACGGCAUUCGUGUGGACAUUUCUUAUUACCCUCCAGAGUAAAAGUUGUUGCUCUUCAACCUAACUGCGCUCAGUGGACACAGAAGAUGGUGUCAAACUCACUUUUUUUUUCCACAUCUUGGGAGGGGGAAAGGUGAUUUUAGGAGGGAAGGUAUUGCUGUGUUUUUGUUUUCUUACAGUUUGAUGCUGUAAAAGAUCACAACUGAAAGGUUACAGGUAGAAGCAGUUUACCAAAAGAGAGGACUACUGCGCAAUCAUUCACGGUUUACCAUUAAACGAGGGCACAGAUCUUUAUUGUAUAAAAUAUUUUCUUUGGCUACAUGGGUUCUAUUGUAAGAAUGGACAUUUCAAGCACUACCGGUCAGUGCUUGAUUAUUUUGUAAUUCAGCUGCAGUAUAACAAAAUAUUGCGGGUGGUAAUGUCCAGUGUCCAAUGGUCCCCACUGUAUGUUUAGCUUAUUUAUGCUUGUGUCAUAGGAUGGGAUUGAGCAGCUUUGUUAACUCGCUAUAUUGUCAAUGUCCAUGCCCGGCAUGAGCUAAUCUUUAUUUGGCAUUAUUUGAGAUUGGGCGAAACUGAGUAUUUUAACUUUCUGAAGAAAAAAACUAUCAAAAUUGUGAAGAAAAAAAAAAAAGUAGUGGUGUCUUGUCACUGCCUGGAAGUGGUAGCUCUCUGCCAUGUAAGUGUUAAGGUCGAAGCUGACCUAUGACUCUUGCAUAGUAAACCCUUUGAGCAGCAUAACUUACUUGGGGGAAGUGAUACUAUUACAUCUCAAGACCAAUUGCAUCUUAAUAUAAAAUGGCCCUAGAAAUGGUUGAGUGACACAUAUCUGAAUAUAGAUGGUUGGGAAGAUUUGUUGACUUGAGGCAGUGUUCAUUUUUAUUUGGUUGAGCAGUCAUAAGGCACUUGAUUGCUGAGCCCUGAUGCAAAAUGUUUUGAAUGACUUUAGCUCUGGUUUCUACCAGUGUAGUUUUAUCUGUAGAAUUGCAAAAGUGACCACAAUUAUACUGGCAUAUAAAUGUGCCUUUUACUUGUCCCCUUCUAGUCAAAGCACAUUUUGAUCUUUAUAACUGUGUUCACAGCACUGGUAUAAUCUGACUUUAAUAGUACAAAUAAAGCUUGCAUUUAUUGAGAGGGUUUAUGUACAUAGUUCAGGAUUCAUUCUUUGGAGACUUGACUUCAUCAUUUGAAGGAGACUUGGAUUAAAUGUUUGGUUUCUGCCAGUACUUGUAUGUGGAGCUGUGCUUGGUUGGGAACGAGUAGCACAAUGGUUGCUUGGUGCUGAGGGGUUACCUUGGGCUGACUAGAGGUUCAUGUUAAAGUGGAGCUCUUAGGAGAAAACGAGCUUUUAUCUUCUUUUUUUCAGAAAAGAAAGCAGACCAAAUCCCAUAAGUACACUUAUAUACUAGCAAAGACAUUUAGAUGAUUGAUUAGAGUCCUUUUGUAUUAGGGAAUUUUCAUUACAUUUUAUUUUUAGUUUUUCAAACAAAUUAUCCAACAAGACAUGACAAGUAUAAAUAAGAAGAUCUGUAUGCUACGGUGUUUUAAGAUGUGACCAAAAGUAUAGAUUUCUUAACUUUAUUUAGGCAAAUAUAUGGGAUGUUCUAGCUCCUGUGGUGGGCAAGUUAUUUGAUUGUACCUGCUACCAUUACGGAGUGUUGUGCAUGUAUUGGUGUGGAAGUUACCGACAUAAAACUGUCACACUGGGGGCUCUCCUGCACAUAAUUACCCCAUUUCAAAAGCAAUGUCGAUUGUGAUUCUGAUUGUGAUUUUUUUUUUUUCUUUAACAGCUAGAAACCAGCCUGACAAGUGAGGAUGAGUUAGUUGGUUUUAGUUUUUAGAAAUGAGUUCAGUAGAGAUGUGUUUUCAUGGUUAUAACUUAUUUGAUUAUAGUAUGUUACACAGUAAGGGCUAACAAUAGCAUAUGAUGUAUUAAUCUUUUAAAAGAAAGGUUUAAAGAAAAGUGACAUUCCUUUUCUUGUCCGAAUUUAGAUUUUUAAAGUUUUCUUGUGAUGAUCAUUUCUCUGUAGACACAUAUGAUACUUCUGUCUUAACUGUUCAAGCUUGCUAGAUAAGCUGCACGUACCAAAUACAAUUUUUAAGAAAGAACUUUUAGAAGAUCCACUGACUUGAGAGGAUGUACUGUCACCGUGAAUUGUCGAUGCAAGACUCUUUGCAAUUCAGUAGUGAACAGGAGCUGCUGUGUGACGGCUCUUUUGGGUUAGUUGAGGUUAAUGGGGGUCCCUUGCUAAUCUUAGUUGGGAGAAGUCUGAAUUUCAGACCUGUGCUGUUGGGAUGGAGACAGCUGCCCCCCUCCUUUUUAAGAAGCCCUUCUAGAAUGUGGUAGAGUCACUUGAGCACAGUAGUGGAUAGGAAGCCUAACCAUGCUGCUACCUAUUUGUAUUUGCUGCAUAACAAAGUUGGUCUCCAGACCCAUUUGUCUAAAGUCAGUCAUUUGCAAUAAAUUGAAAUUUUAAAUAGAAGCAUAGUAUAUUUUUAAUUCCUUUAAAUCACUAGGGUGAGACAAUGCUGCAAAAGUAAUUUAUUUUUUAAGUGAAUUUAUGACCCUCAGUAGCAGAGCAUUACUUCAACUUGAUCUGUGAACCUAGAAAGUGUUAGGGUUUUCUUUUAAUGCCUAAAGGGAGGGAAGUUUUAGCAAGGUUGUUAAAAUGAUACAGUAAGAAGUAAAACUACAUGGAGUUCUUUGGUUCAGAGAAUGAAAUCAUUGAACCAGUGGCCUCAAAUUAGGGAUAAUACUAGGCAAUUCAGAAAGGGCAACAUCAACGUUUAGAUUCCAACAUAAACUAAUUGUUGCACACAGAACAAAAUCUGGCCCUGGAACUUAAUACUUUUUUGUCUUGAAUAUUCAGACACUUGGGUGUUAGCUGGAUUCCAUUCAGUGAGACUCAGUAUGUGCUUGUUGGCUCUAGAAUGACUUGCACACGUACUGACAAAUUAACCAGAGUAGUAGCUUAUAGUUUCCUUAAAGCUUUGUGUCCUUUCCUCUUGUCCUUUCUCCAAGCAUGAAGUUUUAGGAAAUAGCAAGCCCAGACUUCCAAAGUGUACUACCGCAUCUCAGCAAGGAUGUACCAGCUUCUCUGGCCCUAGCUUAUUAAGAAGCAUCUGUCUGUGCAAGCCUAGGCAUGAUAUGAAUUAGUUUAUUUUGUUUUUAAAGUGUGGAAUACUGGAGAAAGAAGCAAUGAAAGUGGCUCAUGUUUUCCCCUGUGCAAUCCAAACUUUUUAUUCUAAGGGGAGAAAAAACACACGUGUACCCCCCAGGCUGCUUUAACGCCUUUUCCUACAGCAAAAUGCUGGGUUUCUUUAGGCUCCGUUUUCUUUCAUGAGUGCCCUGAGGACCAGAAGGAGCGAAUUGAGUGUGAUGAAGAAGGUGAGCCCAAGAGGGAUGCUGAGCAACAGUUCUGAUUGUAGAUUCCAACUUGCAUUUAGACAGAACACUUUUUUCCUGCUCUAGUGCUCUGUAGACAUCUCCAUACAAAACAACCUAGACUUAGGUUGGUUAACGCUCUAGUGUUGGGCUGAUAUUUUAUGGGUUAACUUGAAUUUCACUGGUAGCUUUUCCAUUUAAUCUCCAAGCUGAAUAUCAUCACAGGGUGCUGGAUGCAAUGGGGAGGAGCCUUUGGUAGUUGCCUGACACCUCUAUGUAAAAUUGGUCACUUCUCUCACUAAGUUGUGUCCAAGUGUAGACCACUUGUCUAGGUGAAAGAAGCUUGAGACUUUGACAUUAUACAGUUGGAGCAAAUUGCAUUUUAGUAGUAAGAUCUGACUGGAAAAGAUGACUAAAAAAUGUUAAACCAGAGCCCUCUGGGAAUCUGGUGCCUUUAACAAGAACUGUCAUUUUGUAAUAUGUUACAUCUAUAGCAUAGCCCGUAUGUUUUCUAUUGGUUUUUUGUUUUGUUUUUUUGUACAGUUGUAAAUUCAAAAUAUUCUGUCUUUGGGUACGUAUUUUCAGUGUAAUACAGUAUGUAUAAUAAAAAUUUAGAUUUUCUAAGGAAA